UAUUUAGACGCGCGUGUAUAUCACCAAGGCUUCGAUAUUCACCGGCACUAUUUUCUGCUUUGGGUCCGCCUUCACUCCAGCUGACCGGCCUCGAUCACCCGGUGUGGCCCGUCGGACUUUCCGCGGCCGUUAAUUAUAAAUGAUCAAUUAAAAACUGUAUGGUUGACAGCGGCCGCUCGUGUCGGGAAAGCACUCCAUGUUCGUUGACAUUUUCAUCCGGAUAUUUUUAUUUUUAUUUUUUUUUACUGUGGAUGUUAUUUCUUUAGUUCGUGUCUUGGAAUCUCUCUACGGUACCAUAACUAGGCCGCAACCCAAUCCCCGGUGUCACCUACGUGCAUUUAACGUUAACUAGUCAUCGACUGGAGACAACCAUGGGGGACACAGGCAGUGAACGAAGCAAGCCGCCACCACGCUGUUCCUGUGGAUUUAGGGGACUCGAGGGAAGUUCCGGUGGUCAACUCUGUACAGCCUUGGUCCGACCAAUCAGAAUCCAUGCUCCAAGAAUGUUUUGAUCACGUGAACGGGAAUAUGUUCCGGGUAGCCUCUGGGGAUAAAAUCAAUGAAUAUGCCGACUCAGUCCCUGGAUUCAUCAAACCAUGCAUAGAUGUGAUUCUGAGUCUUUCAAAACUUAUCUGACUCAAAUGUGUCUUGAUGGCAGCCUGUAGGGAAACUGAAGGAGAAAGAUGCUGCUUAUUAACACGCUAAAGUGACUGGGGACAAUGUUAUGGUUAAAUAGUACAAAUGCGACCUAUGCAGAUCGCUCAAGAUGGCGAAAUGCAUAUAUAGGGAGAAAGUGGAUUAGCAAUUCUGCAGGUCAGACACAAGGCAUAUUUGGCAGGGGCUCCUAACGAUCACAGAUUACAAAAGGAAAGCUAGCCACGUCGCUGACACCAAUGCAGCCCUAUCGGAGGAGCUGAACACCUUCUCUCACGCUUCAAGCACAACGACGACUUUGAGAGGUCGAGGAGAGCCCUUGAGAACAACGAGGGCUAUGUGCUUAUGGUCUCCACAGAGGACACAGAGGUCCAGCAAAACCAUGAACCUUUGUUCCAAAUGUUUUACGGACAUUGAGAAGAAGCAGCCAGGCGAGGACUGUGCCCCAGAGCCUGCCCCCAGCUCAAGCCGCUCAAGCAACAGCCAGUCAGUCAUCUUCUAUAGCGAAUCAAGCAGCAGCAGUAGCCAAUCCCUUUCGUCAGCGCCUGUCAGCUCAGAGGACCCGUUGCCCAGAGACACAAAAGCCACGCCUCUACCUGAACAAGAUGAAGUCUCCAGCACAGACACAGCCCACGGCAUACUGGUAUCCACCCCCACAAAACGGCCCUGCAACUCAGCCUCUGAGUCAGAGAGUGACGCAUCCCCAGAGAAGAGCGCACGGGUGGGCUCCGGGUCUAAGGAGUCGUCAUCUACCAAUGGGGGUCCCAAGCAGAAGGGAAGCCGGCGCUGCCACCGAUGCCAUACCAAACUGGAGCUGGUACAGCAAGAGCUCGGCUCCUGCCGCUGUGGCUAUGUGUUCUGCAUGCUCCACCGGCUGCCCGAGCAGCACGACUGCCUCUUCGACCACCUGGGGCGCGGGCGUGAAGAAGCCGUCCUCAAGAUGGUCAAGCUGGAUCGCAAGGUGGGCCGCUCAUGCCAGCGCAUCGGUGAGGAGUGCACCUGAAUCCCCCCCCCCCCAUCCCCAACCCCGACGAUGAGAGCGAGGAAGAGGAAAGAGACUGCGUCCUAAAUCAUUCAUCUUUAUCCAGAAAUGUGCACUUGUACAGACCACGUCAUGGAUUUCUUAAAAGUAUAGGAUUGGUGUAAAGCAUUGGUUGCGUUGUUAAAUCAAUGUGAGAAAGUGUGUCAGUGGAGACUUCGGGGAAAGGGUGGCAAAUGGGGACGGUGACAAAUGCUCACUUUAUACUCACUCUUGUCCCCACUGCCACUUUUUGUUGUGACAAUGCUCUUACCUCAAAUAAGCAGACAAAGCACUUCUAGUUUUCGCGCCCUGACAAGGGACUGCUAAAGCCACCUAUCUGUCACUUCCCUGUCUACCAACCUCAUAAUAAAGACCAGAGCCCCCUCAUGUCAUCACUAUCACAGAGUGGGAUGAAGUUACCCCCUAAACACUGAUCUAAGGUCCGUUUUUAGUUCAGGUCAACCCACUGAUUAAGGGUAUGAUGCAAGGGAGGUUAAGCUGAUCUUAGAUCUGUACCUAAGGAGCACCUACCACCCCAAGACAUCCCUUGAAUCCCUCUCCCUCUACUGUUUUGUGAUUUUGACCUAUGACUUUUGAGCGUGUCACACCCACCACUGCUUUUCUCAGCCUUAACCUCUCCCAUCUCCAGAUCAGGGACAUCCCUGUUCAGAAAAAACUAAAGCCAUCUGCUGCUUAUUGCAACUGUCCCUAUCAUCAUCACCACCACCUCAGGUUGUGGGAGAAUCCAAUGAGAGGGGUUAACUGGGGGAGAGGCAGGGGGGGGGUUGGACUAUUGCAACUCCCUUCCCCUUACCCCCUCCCUUUCUGACCUGCCUGCUGCUGUUGACACAGCAGCCAUUUUCUGUAUCUUGGGAGAGAGAACUUCCUUUCUAGACAACAGGCACCGAUCGUCCCCUAGUUAGUGGGGUUGGAUUAAAAAUGGAACAGUCUGUCUGUCAGGGAUUUAAUCCAUCUCCCCGAGUGAGUUUCAGUCGCUAUGGAGACGGAAAACACACCCCUUGAGAUUUACUUUGGCUAUGAUGUUCAUGCUACUACGGGUGCUGGCCAAGGAUAAACUUCUAAGAUGGACACAAAAGCAAAGAGCUGUCAUGAGACCUCUAUAUGUGCCUCUAUCGGAAUCUGGUUCCCCCUGCGCACAUACAUACACAAACACUCUUACAUACAGUUCAGCCCACAUGCGCAGAGCACAAGGACAGCUAAGCAAAAUCAAGUGGUACACAUUGGACUGUGCUGAAUUUGUGGAGAACCUUUUGACAAAGUUCUUCAGUGGGACGCUCAUGGUUGUUCAGGUUUUGCUCGAUAUAACCCAUAAUAUCUUAGCCAUGGACUUAAUUUCCCAUUAGCCCCCACUGUUUGAAAUGUUUCUGCGACGCCUCUGUCUCUCGAUGCCAUCCCCGACCCCUCGGUGGGAUUCUAACUCCCUCUUUCUUUCACAGAUUCUCUUCUUCCUGCCCUUGCCCGUCGCACACCACUGUCUUUCUCCUUUCACUCUCUCCAUUUCAUUUCCAGACAUCAUGUCUUGCUCUCACCCACCUUACUCUCCAUUAAUCCUUCCCUCUUUCAUUCUCAUUUCUCCACAGUAUUGAUUUUCUCACUUGCUUGCUUUCUCUCGCGCGCGCGCUCGCGCACACACACACACGCACACACACACCUCUUCUUGCCAAAGAGCGAACAUUGAGUGAGAGGUUGGGGCCUGGCCAUAGGUGGGGCUGUGGGGCUACAAGCAGAGCAGGGAGGAAAAAUUUAAUAGACAUUGAAUUGUUGUAAAAUAAUAUUGUGUAUCUGAAAGAAAAACCCUUAUUUAACCCUCUUUGUUUUUUGAAAUGUUAUUUUACUUACACAUUAGCAUAGUACUGCAUUUUUUGUUUGACAUUUUAAGAAAAAAUGGAUAAGAGAAUUCUGUAGCCUUUGUUUUCUUUUGUUCCCUUUUGUUGCUAAAAAAUAAAGUAAUAAACUGGA